AUGUUGGACGAAACACAGUAUGACCAUGUAAUAAAGCACAGGAAUAAUAUUAUUCAGAGGCCUUUGGUUGGUUUUUUUGGUGGUGCUGGUGGUUUCAUUGCACUCACAAUCAACUAUGAAAUUCAGAAAUUCGUGAUUCCCCAUCACAAACUGCUAGAUGAAGGACUGCAAGCUGAGGGGGAGCCACAGGGUUCCAUUGCCCUGUGUGAAGUGGCAAUGGAUCUGCGUCCAGCUGCCCUGUGGCACGCUCAGAUACAAGGAACAAUUUUUCCCGCUCCAAAUUUUAACCCUAUUAUGGAUGCCCAGUUGCUGGGAGGAGCCCUACAGGGAAUUAGUUGUGAAAAAGAUGUAUUGAUUGAUAUCCUGACGCAGCGUUGCAAUUCCCAGAGGCUGAUGAUUGCCGAGGCGUACAGAGACAUGUACGGCAGGGAUCUGAUAACGGACCUAAAAGAGAAUCUCUCUCAUCACUUCAAAGAAGUCAUGGUUGGCUUGAUGUAUCCACCUGCCUCCUAUGAUGCCCAUGAACUCUGGCAUGCCUUGAAGGGAGUAGACACAGAAGAAAACUGCCUAAUUGACAUACUAGCCUCACGAUCAAACAUGGAGAUCUUCCAGAUGAAAGAAGCCUACUUAAUGCAAUAUAAUAAUGAUCUUCAACAAGACAUUGAUUCUGAGACUUCGGGUCACUUCAGAGAUACGCUCAUGAACCUUGCUCAGGGAACAAGGAUGGAAGGAUAUGCAGAUCCUUCUACAGCUGCUCAGGAUGCAAUGAUUCUAUGGGAAGCAUGUCAGCAGAAAACGGGCGAACACAAAAACAUGCUGCAAAUGAUUCUCUGCAACAAGAGCUACCAGCAGUUGUGGAUGGUUUUCCAGGAGUUCCAAAAUAUCUCUGGGCAAGACAUAGUAGAUGCUAUUAACGAAUGUUAUGAUGGAUACUUCCAAGAACUACUGGUUGCAAUAGUUCUCUGUAUUCGUGACAAGCCUUCCUAUUUCGCUUCCAGGCUUUAUAAUGCAAUUCAUGACUUUGGGUUUCACAAUAAAACAGUUAUAAGGAUUCUCAUUGCCAGGAGUGAGAUUGACUUGAUGAACAUUAGACAGCGAUACAAAGAGAGAUAUGGGAAAUCACUCUUUCAUGACAUUAAACAUUUUGCUUCAGGGCAUUAUGAGAGUGCUUUACUUGCUAUCUGUGCUGGUGAUGCUGAAGAUUAUUAAGGAAGAAGACAAUGAACUUUGAAGGCUGUAUAAAUCCAUUUUAAAUAGAAAUUGAAGCUAUACACAAUAUACUAACUGUAAGAGAUUCUUAAUCUACAUAAUAGAACAGAAAAUUCAGAGCUUUCCAUUUGCUAAUAUUAAAUCUUUCUUGAGACAGGAAAAAAAAUGUUGGCAGGAACAUGGUUUUAUCGCUAUUUCUGUUUCUAUUAUUAAUGUAAAUUAACCAAGCAAGUAGUAAAAUAACUCCAUGUAAGCAUGUGUUUAUCAUUUAGUCUUGCAAUAUCCCAAACAUUAGACAAUGGGCUCUGGAAGAACCUAUUAACUUCCACACUAGAAAGAAAAAACUAUUUGCUUUAUUCACUUUUAGGAACAUGAUUUCUUCCUUUAAGUAUUUCUUUUCUUUCCCACUUAUUAUACCUCAUAUUUUAUGCUCUUUAAUAUUAUUGUUUUGUUAUUAUCAAACUAAGCAUCUGCCCCAGUCUAUUAUCAGUCACUCACCAAAAAGCGUAUUGUAUUCUCUUUCACUUAGCCCACACACUUAAUGGCAUUUCCUUUUUUCCAUUUGAAACAAAAGCUAAAAAUAGAAUCAAGUGUCCCAAACCACUCUCGAUUUAGUGCCAUGCACUGGAAACCCCUGGAAGGCAAAGCAGUAUAUAACUUUGAGCGGAGGAGUUCCAGAGGAGUAAACUCCGAAAUUCCAUUUGCACCUCUCAUUUUAUUCAUUAAUUGUAUAUUGACCUUCAGAGCACUGAGGUAUCUCCAGGAUGCCCCAGAUGGUAGCAGUAGGUAACUCUGCACCUACAAAUGAGGCUGAAGGAAGCAGUGCUCCUCAAAAUACCACCAAACUCAAGUCUGACAACAUCUGGUGACAACAGCUCGUACCACAACGAGGAAAAGAGGCAGAGCCCAGCCAUGAGUCCUCGUCCCACGGGAAAAUGUGUCACUGCUUUUAAAUAUCCUGAGUCUAUUCAGUGCAGCUUCUCCAUGAGAUUCUCCGGCCCGUGUGUUCCUACCUCCUCUGUCUCUUAUGCAAACAGACAUAAGCAAGGGAAAAUUUGGUAACAUUACUAAAAUAAAUCCCCUUUGUUCUUCUGCUACAGCUAAAAGGUUUCCAACUUCACACAGAUGUUUGCUACUUUUUUUUAUCUAGGUACUUUCUGCAAGAGUAGCUCAGUAUGCCUGAAUAAAGCACGACUAUGAAAACAUACAAAUACGUGGUUGCUUUUUGCACCUGUCCCUUCCAAAUACGUGGUUGCUUCCCUUGCACCUGUCUGUGAGCAUGACGUUAUUUUCAGUGUACCUUGCUUUUUUGCAACUAUUGACUUCAUGUUACGAAUCUAUUGAUUUAAAAUAAACUUAAAAUCUCAGCUGAAUCCCUCUUGAGUUUGACACAUUUCAAAAUAUUUCAGGUGGAUAACGUAAUCAUUAAGCCAGAACUUUGGAAGGAAUGGCUCUGAGAGGAAAAAUGAAGAACAAUGAGAAUGAGAUGGGCACUGUCCCAACUUGUCAGGAUGAACAAAAUCCUAAACUUAAGUUAUUAAUGAUUCUGCAACUGUAGUUAGAGGUAGCCAAUAACAGCCGUACCUCAGCAGAGUGGAGUUACUUCGCUUUAACUCUGUACACUUGCAGACAGGAAUAAG